UCCCCCAUCUAAGAUUUGCUCAAUUGCUAGUCUGGUUCUGUUCCCGAUUUCGGCGUCGUUUGGGCUCUCCGAUUCGAGUGUCGGGGUGGCGGGGGAUUGGGCGGCUAGGGUUCCGGUUCGAGUUUGGUGUUACGAUUGGCUGGUGCGUGCUUUACGGAUUAGGGCGUCGGGUUCCCAAUUCAUCGCGCAUGGUUUGUUGUAAUGCUUGUGAAGUUAAACUUUCCCAGAUUUAGUCUUGGCAUUCGGUGAACACGAUUAUCUGUUUAUAUGUCAUUCAUAGAAUCAGAGUGAAUUAUCCCUGCAAAAAAAAAAAGAAUCAAAGUGAUUAGAUCCUCCAAGUUAGCACCUUGUAUUGGGUCUUAUGUUUUGCCAGUAGAUAUUGUAGUCCGGCUUACCUACAAUUGUGCAUGAAACACUAUCCUGUAUUUCAACUCAUCUGCAUCCUCCCGAGUUUCCAACAGAACAAGGAGCAUAAGCCAAAAAUAUGCCUGCAAAAAUGUGAACUUAACCAUCUAGCUCAAUAACAAGUGUCCCUCAGAAUCGCUUAACUGAUACCCAUGAGCAUUUACUAUGUGCAUUUGGUUUUGAGUUCUAGCUCUAGGAUAUAAAUUUUACCAUGUGCAUUUAAAUUAUUUUGGUUGUUUGCUACCAACCUGAAACUACACUGCUUCUGAGAUGUAUUUGGAUAUCACUUUCUUCAAUUUAUUGCUAAAAGCAUACAGUGAUACUGAAGCAUCAAACUACAUGGUUUUGAUUCAAAAUUUGUAACCAAAUUCUACUUAUGAUUCAUGGAACUGGACAAUUUGAAGUUAACAUGGAGCUCUGCACAUGCUUGAUGUAUGUUUAGUCCAUCAAAAAACAACAUCCCAGAUCAACUUAUGUUCUUCUUUCGACCUUUAUUUGUGCAACCUCAUGUUCAUAAAAAAUAUCAUCGAACUUGUUCAAAAGCACUUCGAAAACCAUGUCGUCUUUAGAUUAGCCUUUAUGUAGCACAACACCAAAGAUGAGCAUGACCAUCCUCUGAAGAAAAAAAAAUCAUGCUGAACUAUUAAGCCUUUGAAGUGUUUUUAGCUAAACUGGGAGGAAGAAUAUGCAUUAAAUUAUGGUUAUGAAAUUCAGACCAGCUUGUUGAUUUUAUAGAAUAGUAUUUCAUUUGCAUAGAGUUACCUUUCUGAAAAUACAGUUCAUUUUCACUAUCAGCUAUUUGUUAGACUCUAGUGCUCCUUAUUAGGUCAUGCCAUCAUCUUUGUUCUCCUGCAAUUGGUUUGAAAGUUUCACUAACUUAAUGCUUCUUGUCUUUGCUUUUAUACCUUUCUGCUGGAUGAUGAUGAUGAUGUCACUUAUCAUUGAUGUGUGUCUUGACAGUGCUCGCUGGACUUGCAUUUAUGUUCUCAACAAGUAUUCUUUUGCAAAUACUGGCUUGUGCUCUGUACAAUAAUUGGUGGCCUAUGUUAGCAGCUCUUAUGUAUGUCCUUGUACCGAUGCCAUGCCUAUUCUUCGGUGGUGGAUCUACCCAGUUCUUGACUAGCAGAGAUGGUGGAGGGUGGUUCAAUGCUGCAAAAUUCCUGACUGGUGCAUCUGCCAUGGGAAGCAUUGCAAUCCCAGCAAUUCUGAGGCACGCUGGCCUAAUUGAGACUGGAGCCAUGUUCAUCGAGUUCACGUCCUUCUUCAUCCUUGUAUGCACAGUGAUGUGCUUCCAUAGAGCUACGCUGGAUGAAGAUUGGUAAAAGGCUCGAGGCACAUGGACACAAGAAGGUAAAUCUGUUUCAUGGUUUGCUUCUCAGCACGUACAAGAGAAAUUCCUUAGUGGACACUAACAUGGACAUGUGUACAAAGAAGCAAAUAUUUGAGUUGGCGUGACUGUCUGUAUAAAUGCUCAAAGAUUUGCUGAUCUAGCGACAAUGCCAAUGUUCUAUGUGCACUUUUCAUGUGAAUACUCCUCACAUGAUCUAUGGGCAACCUGUCAGCCAUCCGUGUGAAAUGCGAUCAAACGAGCAGGCAGGCGCCCUGUUUAAUUCC